CGGAGUAACACCGAGGCAGAGCAAUUCGCCAUCGUUGAUGGGCGCACAACGAUUCUUCGUGAGCCUGGGUGCGUCGUAUUUAAUCCUACUGUAAAGUGUUUUAGUGGCUUAAUAAGCACAUAUUUUUCACCGGAAGCGCGAAAAAAAGAGUUUUGAACUGAUCUGAGGCGAAAAGAGGAAAGGGUCGAAGGAUGUCGUCGACGCAGGUGGAUCGUCCUGGGAAGGUGGUCCAUCACCACCAUGUGGGCGGAAGUAGCAGCACCGGGAGCGGUGGCGGCAGCAGCGGGGCAAAGAAGGAGAGUGAAAAAUCGCGCAAGUUGUUCAACGGUUCUCACAAGAAACACAACAACAAACACGAGGAAUCGCGUCACUUUAAAUUCGGUCGAAAGAGACUGCAGAGUUUUACAUCGAACGGAAAAUUUUUUCCGCCCCACAAGAGGCGAAAAAACGAGGGAAUAAUACCACCGACGAAAUUUUUGCUUGGAGGAAACAUUUGCGAUCCGUUGAAUUUGAACAGUAUGCAGGACGAGGAAAUAAACCGUGCGAUGAACGCCGUGACGCCUAAGUCGAGUCCGUUGCCAACGCCGAAGCAUCGGAAAGAGACGAUAGAAGUGAUCAUUCCACCGAACAUUUGCGACCCUCUGAACUUGAGCAAUUGCAACGACAAUGAAGAAGAAUACGAGAAACAAUUGAUAUCCCCGACAAAAAAGGGGGGAGCCAAGAGGAGAAAUAGAAAAAGAAAAAGAGCGUCAUCGGGUUCGGGAAAAGACGAUGGUGCGAGCGAGACUUCUCUCGAAGCCGCGGGAAAGCCCGAGGAGAUUUCGGCGAGUUCCGGUCGGCCGGAGGUUCUUCCGGAAUUUCCGGAACAAGCGGCUUGUCGUACCGAAGCGAAGAAAACCGAGAUUUCCACGAUUCCCGAAGUCACGGCAACCGCCUCGAUCGAACUCGUCAAAUCUGAGACGAAGCUACUUGAGAGCCCGAGCAAAGAUCGCAACAAAUUGCGGCUAAAAGGCCUCGACGAUCCGAAAGACAAACGUCUCCGAAAAGUCGAUCAUCUGAAGGACAAAAUAGUCAGUCCCGUUAUUCCCCAGCCCGGAGCAUGGAAACCCCGGAUUCCACACUUGAACAAUACCAACAAAAAGAAGAAACAACAACAGCAGCAGCAACAACAGCACCAACAACAACAACAACAACAACAACAACAACAACAACAACAGCCACAAAAAAUGCCUAAUUUUCGUAUAAAAGACGCGCGAUAUCAAUACGGUAAUUACAAUCAAUAUUAUGGCUACAGAAAUCCUCACCACGACGUCGACACUCGUUUGCCUGUUUUCUCUCAACGCCAAGAAUUAUUCCGAGGCAAAGAUGUCCUCGACAUCGGCUGCAACAUCGGCCACAUCACUCUCUCAGUCGCCAGAGACUUCGCAGCUCGCAGCGUAACCGGCAUCGAUAUCGAUCGCAAACUCAUCAACAUUGCACGCAAAAAUGUUAAACAUUACGUCAAUUGCGUUUCUUCACCAGCUAGUAAUGACGAACCACCCGAAAAUCAAUUCUCUGAUCCUAGCUUCUUUCCCCUCUCUAUGCCCAUCAAUUAUGGACCUAUCGACGUUCCUGGAUUCACCAAAAAUGAAGACCACAAAGGAUUUCCCUAUAACGUCACCUUCGUUCAGGGAAAUUAUGUUCUUGAGGACGACGCUCUGCUCAUGACGGAACAGCCACAGUUUGACACGAUCCUCUGUCUCUCUAUCACCAAAUGGAUUCACCUAAACUUUGGGGAUGCUGGCUUGAAACAAGCUUUUAAACGCAUGCACGCGCAAUUGCGUCCCGGUGGUGUACUGGUCCUGGAACCUCAAGGGUGGCCAAGUUACGGGAAAAAAAAGAAUUUAACUGAACGAACGUACAAAACUUAUCAAAGUAUAGAAUUUUUUCCGCAAAAAUUCACGCAAUAUCUGUUAUCACCGGAAGUUGGUUUCGACAAGUGUGAAGUUGUUUCUAUACCGGCACAUCCAUCGAAAGGUUUUCAACGGCCAAUACAAUUGUUCACGAAAGCCGGAUCGAGUCCUACAUCGACGUCGUCGACGCCAGGAACGUUGAGGGCAACAACCACGACAACGAUGACGUCGACAUCGACGACCUCGACGGGAACAACAACUUGCAGCAAUUCCUUACGCUUCGUCGAUCGUGAAGUGAAACGAAAAGAUCGCGAACGUCGAGCCUUUGAGAGAGAUUUGUUCCCCAACGAAUUGCAAAGGUUCGGUAGCAAUUGCUCCAAUCUCAGUCAACGCAGUAGCGAAUCUUUGAGCCAAUACGAAAAUUUGGCCAAUGUUUACGCUCCCAGCGCGACGCCGUGCUACGAUACUCCUAGCCACAACGCCGAGUACGGCCAGCCUCUGGAAUUUGGAAAAAUUUGCUACGCCGAAGUUAAUAAUUUCGUAAGUGGACACGAAAAUGCAGUUGCGAUUGCUUCCAGUAAUAAUACUGAAAAUUUCAUCAAUUCCACUUUCGAAAAUGCGGUUGAAAAAUCGAAAAAUGAGGUCCCUGACAACACGUUGGCAAAUACAACCGAAAAAUCAUCCGACACAGCCUCCGGUUCCUCGGGAAAUUCUAGAAAUACCGUUGAAAAAACGAUGAACCCCGUUCCUAUAAAAAAUCCCGGAGGUUCGCUCGGAAAUCCAUCAAACGCGGCUCCAUCAUCAAGCAAUAAAACCAAAAACGCUGCAGACAAUUCUCCAACUGUUUUUUCCGGCUCACAAUCCGACGACAAAUCAGAGGUACAUACACGAGAAAACUCUACAACGGACAAUCAAAGAAACCAAGUCAGCAAUACUAUCCGCCGUAAGCGAAAAAUCGAUGAGUCUCGGGCAGAAACAAUCGCAAAAGAGUGCAACGGCGAAAGCUCACAAUCCAGUCGAAAUAUCAUUGACGAAACAAUCAAACGAGCCGAAUCACCGAGCAAUAUUUCAACCAGCGAAAAGUCAUCGAAAAUCAUUCAACGAGAUUCAUCGAUAACGAACCAUCAACCGUCGCCCCAAAAUACUGAUUCCGCUGUCGACUUUCAAUCUCAAUUGAGUUCUCUCGAGCCCAAAACGGAAAAAACGUAAGGAAAUUUGAAAAUAAUAAGAGAAAAGGAACUCUAAACAUGCUAAUUAUAUAAAAUAAGUAUAUUCAAUGUUCAUGCUCGUGACGACGACAGCAAAAAACCAAUCUCGUUCUGGCACAUAUUCACUGUAGUUCUUAGCCUAAUCGUUGACACAUCUUUGUGUCAGCGUUGCAGACUACUUCGUCGAUGAAACUUGGAUCGUCGACGUUCACUCUAUUUUUUGAAAUUUUUUCCACUUUUUCUUUCGAUUGACCUAGAAAAUACUUUCAUUUUCUCGGGAAUUCAGUCGUUGAAAUUGAAAGUUGAAAAAAUGGAUGUUUUUUUCGAUAUUUGCGUUCUUACUCAUCAAAUUUAUGUUAAUUUUCUACUCCAGUCCGAAUGACCAUAUUUAUGGAAGAACAAAUUCAUUGAAUACUAAAAAAAAAAAAAAAAAGAGCAAAGAUGGAUUUCACAAACAUUCGAUUUUGGGUGCCGAAUUGAAAUUCAACGGUCUAGCUUUGUUGAAGGCGAGAAACUUUCAAAAGUCUCAUUGAAUUUCUGUGUUUUUCGUCGGUACUUAUUUUUGCAAGGCUCCGAACCUGACUUGUGCUCUUGGUGCCCGUAUACAUAGAGAUAAACGGCAAAACAAUUAAAAACGUUCGAGAAAAAGCAAGAACCCGGAGAUGAAUAGCAAAUUGUCGUCAUUAGAGGCUCGAAGAAGAAAAAAACGUGAUUUAGAAUUUGGCGAGCAAGGGAGAGUUGAAUACGAUUGAUUUGAUGUUCGAAAAACAAUAACCAAAAAAGAAAAAUAAUAAAAAGUUCGUGCCUACGGUGUCCACACUAUCGCGAUAAUGAGCACGUCGCGUGUUUAACAGGUUGCUCGACCGAAGACUGACUUUUGGCUUUACGAGGAAAAAAAAAAAAUCGAAAAAAAUGGAGCAAAAAGAAAAAUGAGGAAAAGGCAAAAAAAAUCGCAUCGUAAGACGAGACAAAUUGAAAAAUUAAUACAAAAACGAGAUAUAUUAAGGUGACCAAAUAAUGAGGGGGAGAGGGAAUUAACGAGAAGGAAAAACUGGACCGAUAAGAUAGAUCUAAUUCUUACAUCGUUCGUAUCUGAGAAGCAAAAAAAGCAACAACAUAGCGAAUAUUCGAAUUGAUUUUAAUUUAGUAGCCAGCCGAAGGGCCUUGCAAAAGUUUUUUUCACGGCUCACGUUGAUCGUGGCAGAAGCUACGGACUGCACCAUAUAUUAUGAUAAUGCAAUAAUCAAUGACGAACAAUGAAAUGGAUUUAGUGGGGUUUCGGGAAAUUUUUCAAACUUGUCUUGAUGGUUUUUUUUUUUUUAAAGAAAGGCAGGGAAGAAGAGAGGAUAAAAAUCAUAACCAUCUUCGAAGCUUUGCUUUUCGAAGCGAAAAAAACUGUUGUAGCGCCGAUUUGUAGUUUUUUUUUUUUUUUUUCGAAACAUACUUCAUUUAAAGUGUCUAUCAUUUUUAUGUCUUGUACAUGUGGCACGUAAUCAAUUGACAAAAUUACAAAACACUCUUUGUGUUUUCGAGUUUAUAGGAGAUUAGCUAAAAAAAGAAUUUUUUUAAUCACUUUACCCUUUAACCUUUCAAUGAAUUGAAAAAGUUUUCGGAAUUAUUCAUUUUUUCGUGAAGAAAAACUUGAAAAAUGUAUGAUCUAUAAUGCGAAUAUAUGAGAUUGUCGCUUUUUUGAAAAUCAUCGUAAAUUCAGAAAAACGGAACGAUCUUUAGAAGACUUUCCCAAAUUUUAUUUCCAUCCGAACGUGUGGAGAUGAGAAAAACGUGAAAAUAUACAUUCGAGAAUAAAUGAGAGAAGGUGAGAGUGAGAGUGAGAGAGAGAGAAAGCGGAGAAAUAAUUUUCAAAUAUAAAGAUUCGAUUGAUGAGAAAUUCUAGUUCAUAGAGAGCCUGUAUAUUUAUCGUAUUUUUACUGUAGCCCACGAGUAUAAUAAUCGUUGCAUAGUUAUUUAUUCAAAAUACAUUGAAGAAAAAGAAAAGAGAUAAAAAAAAUGAUAAUCCAAAAAAUUUGGAAGCGAUAUUAACUUUCGAGAAGAACGCCGGAAGUAUUAAUUCUCUCUGUUUUAAAUCGGAAUGUAGUUUAUUCAUGAGAGCAUUAGGAAUGACGAGAGAAACGACAGGGUGUGGGAAUUUUUAGGAUUGCUUUGUUUUGAAUAAAAAUAAUGUCGAGACCAGGUGAAAUCGAGGAAAAACAUAUAUUUAUUAAUAUGUGCAAAGUGGAGUGACCUCUAGCAGGAAGCGGGAAAUCUCGUUGUUAUCGCAGUGAUGGCGUUCCGCUCGUAUUUUUGCGCAUAAAAUUUUGUUGAAAAAGGAGAAUUGAGCAAAUUACGUACAAAAUACGUAAAAAUUUUCAAGCAAUUGAACAACAAUUCGUAAAAAAAUAAGAAUCGGACAAGCGCAUUCACAAAGUUUCGUCAAACGCUCAUACUCUGCGUGUUUGUCUCUAUGUCAGGAGGCACGAGCAAAUCCCGUUUUCCAUUUCCUCCGUCACUUUUUGGGCUAUCUCGGCGUGUAAAAACCGCAUGAAAACAUCGUUAAGCACAAAAAAUCGAAUUUUGAACGCGAUCACUCUUCUCAGUUAGGACUCGAAAGAAAUAAAUCAUAGACAAAAAAUAGGCUACUUAGAAAAACUUACCAGAGAAAUGCAUACUGUAAAAAUAAAAAGAAUUAUACCUAAUUAUAUUUGAAAAAUAAUACGAGGAAUAUUAUUAGUAUAAUAAAACUUGGUUUUAAUUGUCUCUUUAA